AUGACGCGCUUAGUUGUGGCCGUGUUGUGCGCCACAGCCGCAGCCGCGCUGGCCGCCGCCGCACAGCCUCCGGCGCCGCAGUCGCCCCGCUACAAGGACUUUUACCACUCGUACACGCUGCGCCAGCAGCUCGAGAGCCAGGAGACUUUUAGCGGCCGCGGCGCUGGCGGGGGUGCAGGCGGUCAGCGCGGGCUGCCCACGGGGCCCGGCGCGCCCUCCGCCCCCGGCACAGCCCCCGGCGCCGCUUCUGCCGCCGCAGCCGCCGCCGUGUCCGCCCCCGGCACCGCGCCUGCCGCCGCCGCGUCCGCCCCCGCAGUCACAGAAGCGCCGACGCCCACGGCCACACGUGCUCCGUCGCUGAAACCGGCGGCUGGGGCGCUGUCCCCUAUGCAGAUAGCGGAUGCCCAGCAGCGCGCCUCCAGCUACAGGGAACUCCCCGUCUACUACCACGCCUAUCCAUACUACGGUUACGGAGGGUGGCCAGCGAUGGCGCCAGCUAUGAUGCCUCAUCCUGCCUGGGGACGGCAAGCCGGCCCAUCCCCCAGAGUUGUCGGCGUCGUCGCGGGACACCAUGGAGGGUACUUCCUUCAUCCGGGCCUAUAUGGUGCUCAUCACGGUGGAGCGAUUCUCGGGCCCCACGGCUUGGUCGCUCACCACGGAGGGAAAAUAAAGGGCCUCCACGGACUGGCAGCGCACCACGGAGGCAUCGUGAAGGGCCUGCACGGCCUGGCCGCCCACCACGGCGGGCUCUACAAGAACUUCCGCGGCGGGCUGGUGGAGCACCACGGGGGACUGCUCAAGGGCCACCACGGGCUGGCCCAGCACCACGGGGGGCUCGUCAAAACGCCGCUGGGCCUGCUCAGCAAGCACGGCGGCGGCCUGCUGCUGCACGCCAGGGACGCCGCGGCCUCCCAGCAGACACCGGCAGGCGGGCAGCCGGCAGCACAGGAGCCACUAUACAGUGCGCGGUCGGCAGUACCGCAGCAGUACCCGGCCUACGGCAUGUACCAGCCGCACUACUUCGGGUGGAAGUCCGGCCAAGGCAAGAAGGGCGGCGGGGCGGCGCCGCCCCCGCUGCCGGCCAUGCCGGGCAAGAUCAAGGGCGGCGCCGAUGUGGCGCUCUUCAACGCGCACGGCCACGGCUCGCAAAAGGGCCUGCAGGGCUCCACGGCGCACAAGUACAAGCACUACAACCUGGACGUGGGCUACGGCUGCCCGCCGCGCGCCCACCCGCUGCACCUGAUGCACACCGACGCCGGAUAUGACGUCAGCCACUACACGGUGGGCGGCGCCGCCAGCGCAGGGGCCGGCGUCGCCCAUGGCCUGGGCGGCACCUUCGGCCUUCUCUGA